AGGCGGGGGACGCGCUUUCCUCCCCGCCGCACAACUGAAGUUCGCCCCCCCGGAUCCGGACGGUCGUAUUUUGCGGUCCUGUCCUUCACCCAGAAAUGUCUGUGAACCUGAGCAAGAACGGCCCUGCCCUCACGGCGGCCUACAAGGAGGUGGUGGACGAGAAAUCCGACACCAACUGGGCCUUGUUCACCUAUGAGGGAAACACCAACGAUAUCCGCCUGGCUGACAAAGGAGAUGGGGGAUUGGAGGAGCUGGUGGAGGAGCUGAACAGUGGGAAGGUGAUGUACGCUUUCUGCAGAGUCAAAGACCCCAACUCUGGCCUCCCCAAAUACGUCCUCAUCAACUGGACUGGUGAGGGGGUGAAAGAUGCUCGGAAAGGACUCUGUGCGAACCACGUUAGCUCCAUAGCUAACUUUCUGAAGGGAGCUCACGUGACCAUCAACGCUCGUGCAGAGGAGGACGUUGAACCUGAGAGCAUCAUGCAGAAAGUGGCCAAAGCUUCAGGAGCCAACUACAGCUUCCACAAAGAGACAAACCGCUUCAGAGACACGGGGCCUCAGGGGCCUGUGGGCUCUGUGUAUCAGAAGACCAAUGCCAUGUCGGAGAUCAAAAGGACCAACAAAGACACCUUUUGGGCUCAGGCUGAGAAAGACGAGGAGAAACGUCGCCAGGAGGAGAAGAAGAAAGCGGAGGAGGAGCGGCAGCAAUUGGAGAGAGAAAUUAAGGAGCGAGAUGCCAAAGAAGCAGCUCUGAGAGAGAAGAAGGCCAAAGAGCGAGCCGCACAGAUCGACGAGCAGAAGAGGUACCAGCUGGAGACAGAGAGUCAGAGUCAGCAGAAACAGCAGUGGGAGGAGGAGCCGGCAGCACAACCCAAAAGCUUUAAGCGUGCACAGUCCGUGGAGAAAGCCAAUGAGGCUGUGUCUCUUAUCUCUCAGCGUUCUGUUAACCCCAGAGAAAUGUUCCAACAGAGAGAGAAAGGCAUCACCCCCAGCAGCACAGACACUCCGUCCAGCCCACAGCCAGGGCGGUUGAAAAGCCCUUUUCUGUCUAAGCAACCUUGUGAGCCAGAGCCUUCUCGCUCUCCCGUGCGCCAGAUUUCACCUGUACCAGCCGCAGAGCCCAAAGUUGAGGAGCCUCCAGCGUCUGAGUAUGAGGAACCAGAGACAGCAGAGGACGAAGAGUAUGAAGAUGUGGUCAGUGCUCAGUAUAACUCUCAUGUUGAGCAGCAGUCGCAGUAUGAAGCAGUAGAAGAGCCGGACAACAUUUACGAGGAGCCGCCGCAGGUGGAGCAGCCUAACACGUAUGAGGAUGCAGGCGAUCGCGGCACCUGCGCUCGAGCGCUUUAUGACUACCAGGCUGCUGAUGACACAGAGAUCUCUUUUGACCCUGACGACAUUAUCACCGGCAUAGAAAUGAUCGAUGAAGGCUGGUGGCGAGGUUACGGUCCUGAUGGCCAUUUUGGAAUGUUUCCAGCCAAUUACGUCGAGCUCAUCUAACAACAGCGGAUCCCUCAAACACAUCCGGACAACAUCGACUUGCCCCACCCAGGCAGUAUUUUCAUUGGGGGUUGGGGGAUGAGUCCAUUAUAGUAGAUUGGAUAGACUGAAAUCAUGGACCACUGAAAGAGACGUUCCUCCUGGAACCAGGGGGAGGCAUUUGAACCCUCACUUAAAGAUAUUCCAUGAAUUAAUGUUCUUUUUUUAAGAUUUCAUUUCAAGAUAUUAACGAUUUAUCAGACAUUACCUAAAAAUUUAAGACCCGCACUGGCCCAAAAGAAAACUCUAAAAAGAGGACCCCAGAACAUUUUUUAUUGUGUGUAUAUGCAGUAAACUGUUCAUGUUUAAUCAUUUCCACCUUGAAUAUUCCAUAAAGCAAAUUAGCACUUGUGUCUUCAACACGUUUUUGCGUUUCCCAAUCUUUCUGGAACCAUUCCUGUUUGAGCAGUUGAGAUUUUCAGGUUUUACUAACGUAGUGUACCUUAAAGCAGUGUGACUGAUGAUUUGGAGUAGAGAGGUUUGGUGCUGCCACCACCUACAGAAUCAUUAUGGUCCUGUUUUUUGCCUUGUUUUUCUGCCUUUUCUGCCUCUCCAAGGAGCCUGAGCUGAAGUGCCACGAGCAUUUCGGCCUGAACAUGGAUGCUUUGCUGUGCUGUGGUGUGAAAUGUGCGGCUGGAUUUGAAUUAUUCCAAUUUGGUGCGUUGAUACGUGGCAGGAAUUUUAGAAACCUAGGGAACAAUACGAGUAAUCUGUGAUCUUACUGUGUUUCUAAGCAUUCCUGAGGACUUCUGGAGGUCCUCAGUGCUGUAGCCUCCUGCCAAUUUAAAAAACUGUGAUUUUCUUUCUUUUUUUGUCUUUAAGUUUCAGGGAACCAUAAUUCUGUUAUUCUUCCUCUGCCUUUGGGUCCAAAAGGGAGGCUUCCCUCAACAUUGCUUGUUUUUAGAUUGAGACACAACAGAUUUAGACUCAAUUUUGCCAUAUUUUUGCACAGCUUUUAAGGAUAACACACACACACCAACAACAACGAGCUGCCAGGGCUGUGCCAAUAGGAGGCUAACUGAGUGAAUAGGAUGUAAUUUUACCUUAGCUUAUGUGGACGGAGUUAAUCUGCCUGCCAGCAGGAGCCCGGUUCUUUAAGCAGAUCAUUGUGAAUAGCUUAAAUCAGUGUGUGGAAAAUUGUAACUUUAAUUAGAAAUCUGAAAUAAAGGAACUUAAACGAGAAA